CCCUAGCCCCUCGCCCGGUGCCGGCCGAGCUGCGCGGCGCCCUCCGACCGCAGGGGGCGCUGUGGCCGCGCGGGGCUGGGCGCCGCCGCGCCCUCGCUGACCCCGCUCGCCGGCUCCCCAUGGCGGCCGCGCUCCUGCUUCGCGGCCUGUGCCGAGCACGGCCCGCGCUCCGCCCGCCGCCCGCGGAGCUGCUGCGGGCCCCGCGGCGCGGGCACCGGCUCACGCCUGCUGACGACGAGCUGUACCAGCGGACGCACAUCACCGUGCUGCAGCGCGAGGCCCCGCACGCCGCCUACAUCGACAGCUACAACCCCCGCGGCUUCGUGGUCAACGGGAACCGCGUGUUCGGGCCCUGCGCGCUGCUCCCGCACUCAGUGCUGCAGUGGAACGUCGGAUCCCACGUGGACAUCACGGAAGAAAGCCUCUCUCUCUUCUGGAUGCUGGAGCCCCCGAUAGAGAUUGUGGUGGUGGGCACCGGAGACCGCGCCGAGAGGCUGCCGCCGCGGGUGCUGCGCGCCAUGAGGCAGCGGGGCAUCGCCGUGGAGGUGCAGGACACGGCCGAGUGACAGGAGCUGCUCUCAUCCCCCCACCUGGCGGGACUGUGCUCGCACCUCUGGCCCACGAUGCCGAGUGAAGCUCCAGGGACCCACCUGACCUUCCCAGUAACGCCUGGCACCCGGAGCGCAGAGCCCCUCCCUGCAGCCUGUGACGCAUGUCUGCUUACCCCCAAUUAAUAACUUAAUCCACUGGUGUCAUGUUGUACUGGGUGCGUUCUGGCCAGGGGCUGCCGCUCAGUGAGCCUGUGAGGAACCAAGGGGUCCUUUCAUCUAAGCUACAGGGCCCACUGAGGCCGAGGCAGUGCACACCCCCCAAACCACAGAUCUGUCCACUUGCUCACGAGCAGGUUGGAAGUGAUCUCGAUUUCCCCACAAGGUUUACAGGUUCAGUCUAGACAACACGCAUGAGGGUCUCAACCUGGACCCGUGUGGCCAAGCUUUGGGCCAGAAGGCUCUGUGGAUGCUGGUCCCAAGCCUCGUGGACCUGAGCUCCAACCCUGGACCCAUGGGAGCCGUGGCUGCUCAGGGCUGGCUUGUGAGCUGCCUUAGGAGGGACGUUUUGAUCUGCCCCCUCCGCGUCCCUGGAGCCACCCCGACCCCAGGGCUGAGGCUCCCCCUGGAAACCGGGUGCUGUGUUAUUGCUUGUGCGACCCUCGCAGCGGCGGAGCCCCACCUGCCUGCUGACCUCAAAGACCAGGCAUCACUUUUUUCAAUUUUUUAUUGAAAAACCAAGGAACUAUGCUGGAAUCCCUUUUCAGAAAAGCCGCUUCUCAUACCUGUAGACAGAGGACCAGCUGUGAGGUGAGGGCGGCAGGCACAGCAGGGACCUCCACCCCUAGGGUGGGUGGGAACGGGUGGGUCACUUACGAAUGGAGGCUGUGGACACCACCUUCCACCUGAGCGGAGGACGUUCUCUUCUCGAACUUGAGCUCCCCAGAGUACAUCAUGGCUCUGGAAAGGCAGGUGGCAGCUGUGGGCAGCCUGCCUUGGGGCAGCCUCUCUGCCCAUGUACAAGCUCCCCAGCUUACCUGACUUGGGUCAAACUCUUGGCACCAAUGUCCUGGCAGGAGUGUUGGAUGCCGGCGAUCAGGUAGGGGACAAACUUGUGGAUGGACCCUUUGUCCUGCACCGCCCCAGACACCCCCUGGGCCACUUUGAUUUUGUCAGCUUCACUGCAGUGAGAGGCAAGAGACAGGGUCAAGGUCAAAGCACAGAUGAAGCUGCCAGUGCAGGGGUGGCAGAAGGUAACUGACCUUCCUGUCCCACCUGAAAUAGCGGUUCUGGCUGCUGAGAUGCUUGUCCAUGGCGUCGAGAGAGCCCAUACCGCGGUACUUCUUUAGCCGGAUCCCGUCGGAGAAGAAGUACUCACCAGGGGCCUCGGUGGUAGCGGCCAGGAGGGAGCCCAUCAUCACUAGGGGGAGAGGGAGUGUUGGGGGCAGCCCUGCCUGGCCCUGGGCAAGGGGUCCCAUCAGGCUCCUGAGGUGCUGGGCCUCACCUGUGGAGGCCCCGAGGGCCAAGGCUUUGGCGAUGUGGCCCACGUUUUGGAUUCCUCCGUCAGCGAUGACAGGAACGCCGAAGCGCCGUGCGUACUCGGACACCUUGUACACUGCCGUGGCUUGGGGCCGCCCACAGGCCAGCACUGUGAAAAGAUGGAGGAACAGAUGGGCAGGUGGAGUUGGUGGGGACAGGCAAGGGGCCCUGUGGCCACAGCAGCGGCCAGCAGCUUUCAGCUACACCUGCACCAGGACUGCAGCCUGGGUGAGGACAAGUCACGUCUGGGGCGGCUGCACCUGUUUCAAACAAUACAAACAGCUGUGGUGGCCACCACUCACCCGUGUGCUCGUGCACUGUGCAUGGCCAGGGCAGCCUCAGGUACAUGCAGUCAGCAGCCGGGAAAGCCCCGCCCACCUGGCAUCCGGUGGGCAGGGUCACUGUGCAGUUAGUACCCGAGGCCGCCCUCCCUCCCUACAGCGGGCAGCUCAGGCAAGAGAGGGGCGGUCGCGUGGAAAGAGGGUGCUCGAGUUGGUCCCUGAGCUGUGCCCGACUGCAGCUGUGGGCAGAACAGGGCCUGCUGGGGAGAGGGCCUGCCCUGUAAGCACCCUGGGAAUGAGGGGCUGGGUUUUGAGUAACCCCCCAAAACCAUGGUCUGUCAUUCAGUCUGCCCAGCCCACCCCGUCAGCAUCACAAACCCCGGGAGCUACAGCUACAGUCAACCAAGCAGCCGGGCAGUGGGCAGCUGGGCCGGGCCAGUGGGCCGGGCCGGACUUACUAUAGCAGCCCGUGACAGUAGAAGGGCAUUUGGGGCUGUGGGACUUUAUGUCUGGAGGGAUCUUGGGAGCUGCUAAAUGAAACAAACAGACCAGAGUUUAGAGAGGGCGCAGAGCAGGAGCAAGGAGGCCAGGCUAGGCGGGGGAGUGGGAACGAGCAAAGACGAGAGCUCGUCUGGCUGCCAGCAUGUCACCCCUCCAAGGGGCCUGCUGGCCCUGGGGCUGCCCCUACCAAGGACUCACUGGUGCCCCUGAGAGCACUUGGCUCCAGGCCUGUGGAGCUGAGGGUCCUGCCAGAGCAUCUUACCUUCCUGGGUGAUGCAGAUGGAGCCACUGCCCAUGCCCACCCGCAGGGCGUCCACACCCGCAUCGAUGAGAUUCUUGGCCUGAGCCGCGGUGACCACUGCAAUGGGGAACGGGGGGCUCAGGGAAGGUCUAGGUGGGAGCCUCGCUCCCCUGCUCGCCCGCGUCCUCAGCGCCAUGGGCCUCACCAUUGCCUCCGAUGACCUGGAGGCUCGCGUAUUUCUCUUUGAUGUACUUGAUCAUGUUCAUCUGGAAGAUGGAGUUCCCCUGAGAGGAGUCCUGGAACAGGGAGGAAGUGCCCGUGAGACGGCGCAGCGGCAGCCCCUCCCGCCCCAUCCUGCCCGGCCGGCAGCUCACCAAAACGACCACGUCCACGCCGGCCUGGGCCAGCAAGUCCAGCCGGUACUUGUCGUCUUCAUGGGUGCCAAUGGCCGCCCCACACAGCAGCUGCUUCUUGGCGUCUUUGGAGGCGAGUGGGUAGUCGCGGUUCUUCUUCAGGUCGGUCCGGGCAAUGAUGGCCACCAGCUCGUCGUCUUCAUUUACGAUGGGCAGCUUCCCUGAGGGCACAGGACGCCGUCAGGACCCUGGUGCUGCAGGACAGGACCCUCCUGCCGCCGCCGGACUCACCCUUCUUGCUGCGCUGAAGGAUUUCAUUUGCUUCCUUCAGUGUGACGCCUGCGGGGGCGACCACCAGGUCCUCCCUCUUCGUCAUGAUCUGAAAGGGAGGGGAGCUGUGAGGAAGGCCAGCUGAAGAUCAGACCCCCCACAGGGCCUGCCCUUGACUCCAAAGACCACCAUGUUCACUCACUACCCAAACCACCCCAAGUGAACCCAGCAGUGUCUGCAGCAAUCUAGUGGGGAGCAUGAGAAUUGAGUAGAAAGGAUACUAUGGCCCUAACCAGUUUGGUUCAGUGGAUAGGGCGUCGGCCUGCAGACUGAAGGGUCCCAGGUUCAAUUCCACUUAAGGGCACUGCCCAGGUUGCAGGCUUGAUCCCCAGUAGGGAGCGUUCAGGAGGCAGGCAACCAAUGAUGGGCUCUCAUUGAUGUUUCUAUCUUUCUCUCCCUCCCUUCCUCUCUGAAAUUAAUAAAAUAUAUGUAUUUCUUUAUUAUA